AUGGUGAAUGCAGCAAGUGGUGGAGGGCUAGUGAAUAAGACUCCAGGAGAUGCAACUAGGUUGAUUGCAGAGCUAGCAGAAAAUUCUAGGCAAUUCAGUCAGAGAACUCCCACGCGCCGGGUGAAUUUAGCAAAUUCGAAUACAACUGAGUUAGAGAGUCAAGUAGCUGAUUUGACUUCUAUGAUGCGUGAGUUCAUGGUGAACUCAAGGAAUCCGCAGCAACUGAAUGCUUGUGGUUUAUGCACCUCCAUGGGACAUCCCACUGAUACAUGUCCUCAAUUACAAGAGGAGCAGAAUGAGCAGGCCAACGCCUUAGGUUUUCAAGGGCAAGGUCCGCAAAGAAGAUAUGAUCCCUUUUCAAAUACCUACAACCCAGGAUGGAGAGAUCAUCCAAAUUUGAGAUAUGGGAAUUCCCAAGGAAACCAACAACAUCAGCAUGCUCAAGGUCAACAACAGUUUCAGCAAUAUAGGGCACCGUUCCUAACACCUCAAGGCCAAAGCUCUAAUUCAGGUAAUAUGUCAACUGAAGAAAUGAUUAGAUCACUAACUUCUAAUGUUUCUACCAUGCAGCAGAAUAUGAUGCAGUUUCAACAAGAAACCAGAUCAAGUAUUCAAAACCUGGAGAAUCAAGUCAGUCAAAUCUCAAGUGCAUUGCAAGAAACUGUAGUUGCACCUAAGAAGGCUAAAGACUUGAUUGGAGUUGAGGAGGAGGAAGUAGAACAAGAAACUAAGGCGAAUCCUCCAACCUUUACCUCUUAUGAGCCUGUGCCACCUUUCCCAGAAGCCUUGCAAGAUACUCGAAGGUAUGAGAAAGACAAGGAUAUUUAUGAGACUUUCAGCAAAUGUGAGAAACUCCCAGAAAAAUGUGGUGAUCCUGGUAUGUUUACUAUUCCUGUUACAAUAGGAGACACCACAUUACACCGAGCCAUGUUGGAUCUAGGUGCAUCAAUCAAUGUCAUUCCCUACUCCCUGUUUAAAUCUUUAGAACUUGGGCCUUUGCAUGAAACUGGGGUAGUAAUUCAGUUAGCUGAUAGGUCCAAUGUAUAUCCUAAGGGGGUAGUAGAAGAUGUACUUGUUAAGGUUGAUGGAUUGAUCUUUCCUGCUGACUUUUACGUCCUUGACAUGGAACAUGACAAACAAGCAGCCCCUAUCCUGUUAGGAAGACCUUUCUUAAAGACUGCUAAGACAAAAAUCGAUGUGUCUACCGGUUCUUUGACUAUGGAGGUUGAUGGGAAAGCAAUUGUGUAUAACAUUUAUGAUACCAUAAAGUAUCCUGUUGAUACUCAUUCUUUAUAUUCUAUAAAUGUUGUCGAUCCAAUAUUGCAUGAUGUUUCUAACAUUGAUCAUGGGGAUGAGCUCCUCACACCUAUUACUAAUGUUGUGUCUGGUGAUUGCUUGGAUUCUUCUAUACCUACUAAUGUGCAGGUGAAGGUGGCGGAAUUGAAUGAACAGUCCAAGCUUCCACCUAUACCACUAGGGGCAACACCCACCCCGUCAUCAUUUCCGGGCAAGAAAUUAUCCCAGGUAUACCACAAAGCAAAGAAUAAGGUGUGGCAUGACAAGAUGAGCUCCCGUUGGAAGGGUCCAAUUCAAGUUGACAAGGUCUAUCCGCAUGGAGCGGUAGAAAUUCGGAGUUUAGAGACCAACAACAUGUUCAAAGUGAAUGGAAAAAGGCUCAAACCCUACUUCGAGGGUUUCAAAACCGAGAACGUGGAGUGCAUCGAUCUCUACGAGCCAUCAAUGGAGUAG